AUGUCAGUUCCCCCUUACCUACCUUCUUCUCGAUCCCCACCACCACUCCAACAUCCGAAACCCACUCAUCCAGCUUAUCCACCACCUGAACCACCUGGCACCCCUGCUCUCUCCCCAGACUCAUCACCUUAUUCCCAACCACCACGUAUAUCACAAGACGGCGACUAUGUCCGUUAUUCCUCCCCUCCCGUGGGUGCUGUAGGUACUGUUACGCCUGAUACCUCAUCUUCCAGUAGUAUGAAUACGUAUGGUGGACCAGGAUUACAGAAUAGACAGACGUUUGGAGGUGCCACACCUGUGGGUAUCACAGGAAUGGCAAAUAUGGGAAAUAUGGGAAAUGGUGGAAUGGGAUUUGGCUGGGGUGGAAUGAAUGAUGCUACAGCUCAAAUGGGUGUACAAUUUGGUAAAAGUGCUGUUGCUGCGGGUCAAGAUUAUGUCGAGAAGAAUUUCACUCGUUAUUUACCUUUAACAUUGAUCAAGACUUCUUUCGCAGUGACCAACUCUUAUGUGCUUAACAAACUUCGAUUAAUUCUCUUUCCAUGGAGACAUAAACCCUGGGCUAGACAAGUAAAACGAUUAUCAGAGAAUGGAGCUGUGGAUGGAUGGCAAGCACCAAGAGAUGAUAUAAACGCUCCUGAUUUAUAUAUACCUACUAUGGCACUGGUAACCUAUACUUUACUCUCCGCCCUCGCUUCCGGCCUUCAAGCGCGGUUUCACCCAGAAGUUUUAGGAUUGAGUUUCUCUAAAGCUCUCGCUGUUGUCAUUGCGGAAUUCUGCGCGAUCAAGUUGGGUUGUUACCUACUUGAUGUACGGGGUAGCGGGGCCAGUGGAGUUGAAUUGAUUGGGUAUGGAGGUUACAAAUUUGUCGGAAUCAUCAUCACCGUCCUUGCCAGUAUGUUAAACCUUGGAACUCUGACCACCGGAGCAGUCUUCAUCUAUCUAUUCGGUGCAAACGCCUUCUUCCUCAUCCGUUCCCUCCGAUACGUUCUUUUACCCGAUACUUCAUCCGGUAUCUCCCCGUCAACAUCACAUACCCUCUCUCACGCUCAGAGAGCACGAAGAGUACAAUUUUUAUUCAUAAUGGCUGUUUCUCAAAUACUGUGGAUGGGAUGGUUAUCACGUGUCUAG